AAAUGCUUUUUACUAGGACACUCCAAAUAUACAACCAAAUUUACAGUAGUUUAAUAAGCUAAAACAAAAUACUAGUACAAGAUAAAAGAGAGUAGCAAAAGAACUUGUACUUUAUUUAACAAGUCAUAAGAAAAAUGGAGUUUUCAUGUUUUUUAGUGGACCAAAAGAGGGAAAUGCAAAGCCAAAGGCCGGUUGCGGGGAUGUGUUCGCGGUGUGGUGCGGCGGCGAGAGUGGCGGAUAUGAAGACGGCCACCCGAUUUUGUUUCGUCCCUUUCUAUUUCAAGUAUUGGAAAGCUAUUAUUUGCUCAUUUUGUGGUGCCACCCUUAAAUCUUAUGGUAAUUAACUUAAAUUAAUACUUGUAAUAUUCUCAUGCAUUUCAUUUUAACUAAUUAAUGUUACGUAGUUUUUUUUCUUUUUAUUUUUUGUAUAAUUUAAUAUAUAUCCUAAUGUAUUUGUUCUCUUUGUAAUUUUAGAAUAAUCCUCAUCUUGAAGUUUUAAGUGUGAAUUGUACGUUAAUUGCAAAAUAUUACUUUGUAUUAGUUGUAGAGAAGAAAUAAAAUCAUGAAUUUAGAUAGCCGAAAUGGGAUAUGUAGCGCAGUAGCGUAUUGAUUGUAUAUGGUAUUGUGGUUAAUGUUGUAUUGUGUUAUAAACUUGAUAGAGAAUAUACCAACUCAAUUAAAAGUUUAAAUUGAUAUUUGAAGUGUUUGAAAUAUUUUAUAUUCUAUCUUCUUUUUGAGCGUUUAAUGUUCUCAUUUUUUGUUUUGGUUGGGGCCGGAGGGAUAGGCCGGGUGGUAAAAUCAAAAUGAGAAGUAUAGUCGAUUAAAAAGAGAGAUGUGGCCAAUUGAUUAAGGACGUCCAUUCCCGUAACAAAAGGUCACUCAAAUGUAUGUACGAAUUGAAGUAUAUUCUGCAUGGGUACGGUUCAAAGAGCAUAUCAUUUAUAUCAACAAA